CUAGUGUGAAUUGCAGGAGAGAGCGGAUUUCGCGCGCUCUCCGCUCCGGAGCGCUUCUGCUUCCAGUGUGAAGAAAGUGUUGCAUUUCAGGCAUAUAGAUCUUUUCUGAAUUUCUGAUUCUUUUGUGACACUUAGGUCCAUCAUUUAUUUAGUGAAAUGGAGCAACUCAACUUGACUGCAGUAACUCCAAACAUCUCCUCCUCUCCUGGACUUCUCCCUUCUCCUCCCAUGAACUCCAGGGGUGUUCUGCCUGCAGUGGUUCUGUCUCUCUGUUUUCUGCUGGGAGUCCCUGGAAACAUCGCUGUCAUCAUCCUGAAGCCAAAGUUUCAGCAGCUGUCCAGCAUGACUCAGCGUCUGAUGUUGAAUCUAGCCGUGUCAGACCUGCUGUGUCUGGUGACUCUCCCGCUGUGGAUUUACAGUCUGCUCUACGGGUGGAUCUACGGUCUGGUGACCUGUAAGAUCCUGACAUAUCUCCUGUAUUGCAGUGUUUAUGGAAGUUUUCUCACUGUAGCUUUGUUGAGCUGCCAGCGCUACAUGCUCGUAGUGCACCAGCAGUUUUAUAACCAGAAAAAAAUUGGAUUACUCUUGAUUUUGCUUUGGCUGGUUGCCAUGGUUCUCUCCCUUCUUGCUUUAGCGGUCCAUCAGCUGAUCCCUGAUGAGCAGUGGGUGCACUGCAGACAACAAUUCUCCUCUAGAACUCAGAAGAUAGUUGUGCUGCUGGUUGAGGCCAUAGUGGGGUUUGCUUCAUUAUUUAUUGUUGCAUUUUCAUACAUUCAGCUUUACAGGACAGUGAAUCGAGGAGCAUUUUUUAACAAUCCUCAGACAUCCAGACUGCUUACUGGUAUCAUUGUUGUGUUUUUUGUCUUGUGGAUUCCAUGCCACACUGUAAGUGUACUGAGUAUUGGAGCUACUGCUUUACAAAAUGAGAGGCUUGAGAAAAUCUUUGGAGAGCUGCGAUCUGUUGCUGGAUCACUGACAUUUAUAAACAGCUGUCUGAAUCCACUUCUCUAUGCAUUCACUUCUCACAUUUGCAAAUGUGAGAGACGGGUGAACCACUGAGGUUAAUGGCCCUAUUUUCUACAAACUGUGUCAUUGCUGAUUUAAAAACAGAGUGACGUAUCAUUUUUCUGUAUUCAGCUGAAGAUGUUUUUUUAUUAUUUUUUACUUCAUCACAGAAUGCUGCAGCUUAUUUAUAUGGUAACUAAGGGUUUUCAAAUAAACUGUAAUUUAACCAAAACACAGUUGGUUCAACUUAUUGCUUUUCAUACUUCUGAACAGCAUUUUUUACUUUUACAACCUGCAACAAAAUAUAAAUAUGGUCAAAGGUUCAAAGUACAGGUUUUAUAUUCAUGGUAAUGUUAAACCUGACACACAGAUAUAAUAAAAUAAAAAAAUAAUGUAUUUGGAAUAAAGCUUGGAACAGGAAUCUCCAGUCAAAUCUUACUUACAUCAAGAGUCAUCAUCAAAAAUGCUUAAUGCAUCACAGUGAUAUCACAGUAUUUAACAUUGCAGAGUGGAGACCAUGUUAAAUACAGCGUGGUGAUUACUAUGAAUGAGAAACAGCUGGUGAAGGCAGGGGAGAUACAUGACUUCCUUCCUUACUUCCAUGGAGUAAGGAAUUCAACAGAUGCAAUCAACUCUGGAGAGGGUCUCCUCUGGUGGUCGGAGGAGGACACGGCUGGUUGAACCCUUACAGAGCCUCACAUUUCUCUUGUUUGGCGUACAGGUUAGAAUUGAUCAGGCGUUGUAAACCUGCUGGAUAGGCAACACAUGUUCAUCAAGAGAACUCGAAUACACCAGAAUGUCAUCUAUGUAAAUUAUAACAUGUUUUUGCAGCAUGUCCCAAAAGACAUAAUUGACAAACACCUGGAAGACUUAGGGGGAGUUGCAGAGUCCAAACAGUAUGACUAGAUACUCAUAAUGACCUGUUGUGGCUGAAAAGGCUGUUUUCCACUCGUUGCCCUCUAGCUGAAGUUGUGAUCCUGGCGGAGUUGUUCUAGGGCUGGAGGAACCAAAGGCAGGGGGUGACGGUGCUUAACCUUUAUCUUGUUAAGGCUACAAUAAUCAAUACAUGGAUGGAGACCCCUGUCUUUCUUCCGGGGGACGUGUGAGGCAGAAUGAGCUCCUCUUGAAUGAAAGCCUGCAUGGCUACUGUUUAGGGCUAAAACAGGGGAAACACUCUUUCCUUGGCUGGAACUGCACCAGGAAGUAAAUCGAUGGGACAGUCAUAGGAUCUGUGAGGAGGUAGUCAGGUGGCGUUUUGUUUAUUAAAGGCUUUUGUCAGGUUGUGGUAUUGAAAAAGCAGGAAAUCCGGUGAGGAUUUCACCUGUGCUGUGGUUUUAGGAACGGGAUUUCUGCUUGGAUUUCUUGGAAACAUCGCUGUGAUCAUUUUCACGCCAAUUGUCCAGCAUAUGUCCGCUGUGAGCCAAAGUCUGACACUGAAUCUUGCGGUGUCAGACCUUCUGUGUGCGCUGACUCUCUGGAUCUAUGAUGUGUUCUUCAUUGGACCACUGGACUGUAAACUUCUAACAUACCUGAUUAACUUAUGCAUUUAAGCAUUUAUGGCAGUCUGUUGACCGUGACUUUGCUAAGUGUCCAGGGCUAUCUGUUUGUUGCGAAACAGCGGAAUACCUUAAAUCACUUUGGGCCAAAGCAUCUCCUGGUUCUGCAGUGGAUUGCAUCCAUCCCUGUGUGUGUGAUUCGACAGUUGACCGUAGUUAAUCAAAAGAGGUAUUGCUCUUUCCAGCCCUCUACUGAAGCUGUGGCUACUGUUCAUAGAAGAGACCUCCGAGGGAUUUAUAACAUUAUUUAUCUUUUUUUUUUUCUUUUUUUUUUUUCGUGGCUGGAUGGCUCAGUGGGCUAAGUAUAGGUUCGCACCCAGGAGACCUGGGUUCAAUCCCUGGGGUGUCCACUGAUCUCCAUCCAGAUUGGGUCCUUAGGCAAGACAUUUGAUGCUGCUGCCUAACUGGGUCCCUGUGCCCUUCAAGUACAGGGUUGCGUCAAGAAGGGCAUCUGGUGUUAAAACUCUGCCAAAUCACUGAUGUGAAACAGUGGAUGCUGUUUUGCUGUGGCGGCCCCAAAUGGGAUAAGCCAAAAGGUCAAGAAGAAGAAGAAGAUUUAUCGUAGCUGUUUCAUACACCUUGCCUUUACAGCAAGGUGAAUCAAACAGCUUUUUUCAACCAUCCUCAAACAACCAGACUGGUUUCCAGCAAUGUUCUUUGUCUUGAACUUUACCUACAUUGUUAUCAAUGUACUGAGUCAGACUGCAGUUUCUUUACAUAUUGAGGGCCUCGUGGAGUUUUGCAGGAGCUCACGGUACAUUUUUGGAGUGAUUGUCCUAAGGAACAGCACCUUACAUCCUCUAUUGUAUGCAUUUAAUUCCUGUAACUUCUGGAAGAGAUGAAAGAAAAACUGAACUGUUGGGCGAGAAAUUCUGGUGUUUCCCAAAGUCAAAGUAAUAAUACCGUUUCCAAUGCUGUUUAGUGACAUUAAUGAUAAUGCUUUUGUGCUAAAAUGUGUUGAAUUUUUCUUUGUUACAUUUUAAUUGUUACCUUAUAAACAACUGUAUAUAACUGGAAUCAUCAUUUUAAUCUGUACUGUAUGGAGUUGUAAAAGAAAACCCCAUUUUCGAUGUCUUCAUUGGUUCAUUUUUGUAAAUAAACUUGAAAGCCUCCUUAUCUCACAUUAGCGCUGUGUGUUUGGGUUAACGUCUGUGUAUGUGACUGACAAAGUGUUGCCUACAGAGCCGGGCAAAAAAUAAACAUGUUUCGAAUGUUGCUGCAAUCUGUACAAUCUAAUCUGACAAUUACACCACCCUCAGCAACGUGCAUUACAGCAACCACUUUCAAUGAAAAGUGUUGACACAUGCAAUGUUACGGACCUCCAUGUUCUAGACUCUCACAUUCAUGCAUAGCUAUGCACAUUUUUAAAGGCUGUU